CUUCACACAACGCACACGAGCAAUGGCUGAUACAACAACGUCUGAUGAGGUCAGUAGCGGAUGUUCCCUUGUGUUGAAGGCUUUAGAGUGCGCGGCCUUGGGCGAGUGCGCGCGGGGCCUCGAGCCGGAGUUCGCCGGCGCUGCUGCCUCUUGUCGGGCCGCCGACGCCGCCCUCCAAGGGCCUCCAGCCUGCCCUUCCGGCGCCUUCCUAGCGUCUCCCAAGAGCGACCCUCUCGCAGAUAGUCCCGGGGAGGACCAGCACACGGUCAGGCAGGGCGCCAUGCAGGAGCAACAGCAGCAGCACCUCCGGGCCAUGCUGGGCACCAGUGGGCAGCUGGCGUACUACGGCCUUCGCCUGGCCCCACCGCCGCCACACGUGACGACGAACACGGUGACGGGCGGCAUCUGCUCGACGACUUUUGGGAGGAUGAGAGCCCCGAACGCCGUGCCCUCCGUGCGGCCUGCGCUCUAUCUCCCCAUGCAUGCCUAUCAGCAUCCUUCCUCCACCGUGCCCUCUGUCACAGCUGCUGUUGUCAGCACUGCCACCGCUGUCGCGCCCUCCACGCCCACCACAUCCAACAUGCAUUGCCGCGUCGCCAGUUCCACGUCCAGCAGCGUGGACAGCAGCACGCCGAAGAGUCCCAAGGCGAGCAAGAGCGAGAGCAAGGCCAGCGCCGACAGCCAGGAAGGCAGAGGAGGCCACGGCCAGGAGGAGGGGGCUGGGAACCCUCAGGAGGACGGGUGCAGACGCAACCAGGAGGGAGGAGGCAUUCAGAGCCAAGACGGAAGAGGCGCCUCCGCUCCAGAAAGCGGCGCAGGAAGGAGUCAAGAAGGAGGGGGUAUCCGGAAGUCCCCCCCGCCCCCCUCGCGGAUGGUUACUCGCAGCCAAACGGCCGCCGGACGAACCACGAUUAAUCUGGAGGUCGAAGAUCGCGUGUCCAAUGUGCGUGCCAAAGGGCACAAGCGCGCACGUUCCUGCAGCAGCGAGCGUGAAGUGGUAAGUCCCCGGAAGGUGUGCCGCGAGCCCUCCGCCAGCACUUCUGUCGGCUUCGAUGACUUCGCAUUCUCAAAAAACCCUGCCGGGGCUGGCAUCGAGUUUGGAGCGGUUUGCACAGAUUGCGGUGCCGUGGCUGUGACUGGCGCGGGCUGGACUGCGCACCAGGCCGCCCACCGCGGGGAAGGAGCCGCCUGUAACUUCUGCACUCAGGUGUUCCUCAGCAGCCAUGGGCGUGACGCACACCAGCAACUGCACAGGGAAGGACACACGCGAGACGUGGAUGAUUACUGCGAAUGUGGGCUCUGCGGUGGAUCCUUCAUCGCUGUCAUGUAUCUGGAGCUGCACCUGCUGGAGCUGCACGGGCGCGACGCUCUCUACGACCCUCGCUCGCUGCACCUGGGCCCGACGACCUCCGCGGAGCCUACCUGCCCUCCGGAGGACGAGAGCGGCCGCCAGCUGUUCCGGUGCGGCGUCUGUCACUCGCUCUUCACUUUCAGUCUCAAUCUUGACUGCCACAUGGCACUCCACUCGGAUGUCUCUUACGGCUGCGCCCUUUGCGACGCAAUCUUCCCAGCUCUCGACCCGCUGGUCACGCACUCGAAAGCCCACAGGUUCGCCGGCAUAGCGCCGCCCCCUGCACCAGGCAUGGCAGUUCAUGCGUCUUCCCCGCAGGUUCCCCCGCGACGCCAUCCCACGCCCCAACGCCACGUCUUGCCACCCACAGCACCGCCGCCCAUGAAUGUGUGGGGAGCACAGCCAAUGCGGGCGGCGCACCACCCUCCAACCGUCCCUGCAGCUCAGCCCAUGACCUCUCCGAUCGGUGUUCCCAUGAACCCUACCAUGAACCCCACCAUGAGCCCCGCCAUGAACCCCGCAAUGAACCCCACCAUGAAUCCCACCAUGAAUCCCACCAUGAAUCCCACCAUGAAUCCCAAUAUGAAUCCAGCCAUGAACUCUGCCAUGAACUCUGCCAUGACGCCUGCCAUGUUGAACUACUGCAUGAUGAUGUCGCUUUGGGGCGGCGACAAAACCCCGGCGACUUCGGAGGCGGCAGUCUGGCCGAACUACUUCAACCCUGCCAUGGCUAAUGUCUUCAACUACUUCAACCCAUACCUUCUUAACAACAAUAACAAUAACAACAACAACACUCCCAACAAUAACAACCCGAGCAACGGGAACAAAGGGAGCCUGGGCGGGGGCAUGCGCAAGGACGGCAUCGAGGUGACGGGGGCGCUCGGAAGGGAGGACGCCUUGGUGGACGGGUCUGCCUGAAUACGUGAGCCUCGAAAGUGGAGGUCGAGGUGCGCCGAGUUGCAGUUGAAAUGAUGCUCAGUGGGAUUAAUGAUAUUGUACUGUGAACCGUCAGCAGUUUGCGUCAAGUUGAAGCAAACCUUAGUGCUACUAUUGUCAAUUCUGAGUAUUGCCUUUGUGAUAUCAUGACAAGAGUGGUUUUCAUUCCGUGUAAUGGCGGCGUAACCUUUAACAGUGAUAGUUCUAAGUAAAUGUUCUAGUCUGGAAAAGGGAACUUGUACAAGUAAUCAAGGUACUAAUUAGAACCAAAACAGUCGUUCGUGCAGUUAUAGAUAAGCCACAGAAUAUUUGGCAAAGGAACUGUAUGUCAUUUUGCUUCAUGAUGAUAAUUCAGUCGUUUUUGUUAUUUUGUUGUGUAUAUAGAGUUGUAUUUGAAUAUUAGAUUGUAAUAUUGUUAUGAAAAGAGUCCUAUGACGAAUACGACAC